CCUGCGGUAUCAAUACUCACUCAGUUCAAUAUUCUCUCUUCUCAGCAACUCAAUUUGCAACUCCUGACAGCUUCCGCUCCGGUCUCCAGACAAUUCAAGAUGGGAACUACCAAAAGCCAGGGAAGCAGCAGUGCGGUUCGCACCUCAGCAUUUCUUUUAUGUGUGCUGAUCUUGGCUCAACACGCAUCAGCUGCUACGGUCAAUGUCGGAGGAAACAGCGGGUGGACUCUUGGACUCAACUACAAGAAUUGGGCUUCAUCAACCAAAGUCAGGCCCAACGAUUCCUUGUUUUUCAAGUAUGACGCCAGACUCCACAAUGUGAUGGUGGUGAGCAAAUCCGACUACGAUAACUGCAAGACUACCAGUCCAUGGUCCAAGCAUCAAUCCGGAAAAGAUAUGAUCAAGUUCACCAAGGCAGGAACCUACUACCUUAUCUGUGGAGUCGGCACUCACUGCAAAGCAGGAAUGAAGGUUGCCGUGACCGUCAGGUUCUAGACAUUGUCGCAAAUCUGCUCUUGUUAGAGCUCAAAUUGAGAUCACAUAAAUUUUCAGAUUUGUUAUGUUCUUCAUGUAGUGCACUUUGUAUAUCUGCUGGGAACGUACCCUCUAGGUUUAGUACAUAUUCUCUGCACAGAAUUAUGAAAGGAAUAUGUAGAUCCGCGGUGUACACAGCACAUGGACUUCAUAGCUCUCCAUUUGGUGAGAAUUUGAAACUGUGUGGAAUCUCAGACGAAGUACACACAACGAUCACAACCCAUAAAGUGAUUGAGGCUCGUAUUACUCUUCACUGUACGAUGAAGAGGCUUCGUUUCUCGUCUAAAUGAACGGUUUUUUUUUCGGUAUACACUACUUUCGUGAAGAAAGCCUAUUUAGAAUCGAAGAGUAACUCUUUGAAUCACAUGUACUUCAUAGCUCUCCAUUUGGUGAGCCUUUGAAUCUUUGUGGGUUCUUAGACCAAUUAGGCACUAGGAUCACUACCCAGUAAGUGAUUGAGGCUCGUCCAGAGUCAAAGUGAGUUGAGGCUCGCCCUGAUUGGAACCCUGAAUAAAAGUACUCCCUCUGAGCG